GUCAUAUAAGCGAGCUUUGCUUUUUGUGGACAAUUCAGGUGCUGUGCUGAUGUUGUUUUAGGAAUGCUUCCCCUGGCCCGUGAGCUUCUACGCCGUGGAACUGAAGUUGUGCUUGUUGCAAAUUCCCUUCCCGCAGCCAAGCACUGUGACAUUCUUCGUGGAGCUGCUGAAGCUGGUGGUUUACUUAUGGAUGCAAUGAGUAAUACUCAAGAUAAUCCGAGUGAGAAGUUAUCUUCAACUCCGUUAAUGGUGGUUGAAAAUGUUUGCGGGCGUCCCUGCAUUGACUUGAGGCAGGUCAGCUCUGAGCUAGCUGCUGUUGCCAAAGAUGCUGAUUUGGUCAUUUUGGAAGGGAUGGGGCGUGCUUUGCAUACCAACUAUAAUGCUCGGUUUAAAUGUGAUGCUUUGAAGAUAAAUAAAUACCUGCUCCUGCCACCAUUGGUUUUAAAAAGCGGGAGUGCCUAA